AUGGUCGCCGAUCUGCCGCUUGACACGAGGAAGCCAUCGUUGGCAGCAGCAUAUGCGAGAGCCAGAGGUGGGCUCUGCUCUUUCUCAUUGGUAAGCCGUGUCUCUGAGGCCAUCAGUCCGAGGUAUCGCAUUGCGAUUAUGGACGGAUGGGACGGCAAGGACACGCGCUUCACUAAUCCUUGUUCUUCAAACCAACAACUCAUUCUACGAUGUUGCGGUAAUCAAGUGAAAGCCGAGAGACUCGAUAGUAUUUUCUUUGGAAUACGUUGUGGGGGACCUCAAGGGACCACUGCCUGGCCUAAAAGUAAUCAAUCCGCAUUUUAUGUCUCAAAUGCAAUCCAACUUUCCAAACGACACUAUGUAACGCCUGGCCGGCGAUGA